GAGUGGCAGAAGCCUCAUCAUGGUGGUGGUGGUGGUAGUGGUGGCUGUUGUUUCAGUGUUGGUGGUAGUUGUGGUGUUGAUGGUUGUAGUGGUGGUGGAAGUGUUAAUGGUAGUGGUGGAGAUGGUGGUGACGUGAAAGUGGUGGCGGUGGUAGCGGUGGUGGCUGUUGUUGUGGUGGUAGUGGUGGUGUUGGAAUUGGUAAUAAUAGUGGUAGGGUUCGGGCUAGGUUACGGUUAGAUGGUAGAGAGUAGUGGUAGUGGCGGUAGUAGUUGUGGAAGAAGUAGUAGGGCGGCGGAGAUGGUGCUAAUAGUAUUAGUUAUAGUGUCAGUUAUAAGACAUUGCCAAGCACUCACAAAAUGACAUUGUCUUCAGUGUGAAUAAAGAACAAAUAGAAAAAAUACCUACAAUUAGAUAUGAAAGAAAUAUUAAAAACUUAACCGCAGGGAAAAAUCAAAACAAAGGGUGUUUCCCUUCCUAUAUUUAGCUAAGGGAUAUUGCUAGACAAAGUGCUAGUAAUCCAAAAGAGAUCCUGUUUAUGAACGGUCAAUUAAUCAUUCUAACAGUCUACUAUAUGUUUGUUGGUUGA